CUAAAAUAUAAAAAAUUAAUACUUUAGCCUAAAGUCAGCAGCAUGGUAAUUAUACUAAAUUAUGUAAGAUUCUAAGUUCUAUUCUAACCACUAAUUCCAUCAGAAAAAAAAGUUGUAACCACCAAUGGAAAACAUCUUAUAGACGUAAAUUUUCUUCUGUCUUUCAUCUUUAUUCUGUCUUUACAUGAUUCCCACAAGCUCUAAAUCUAAUGCUGUAAAUCAACUUGCACGUUUUGUUUUCUUCGUAAGCAUUGAUUCUUUGUACUACAUAAUUUUCUGUAACCAUCUUUCCCAAAUUGUCCCCACAUGUCCAUCCCUACCACAACCUCAUUUACAUUUACUACUCUUCUUAAAUGUCAUUGUCCAGUCUUAUUCUUUCUUUCCAUUUUUUUAUAUGACUAAAUCUUACAUAUUUCCACAAAAAUGGAUAAUAGUACUACUACUGCUAUACUAAAAACAACUUAUUUGAUGUUGGGUUUUGAGUCUUUAUUUUUGAAUGGAGUUUUGUUGCAUGAAACUUUGUUUUCUUGGCUUUGACAUUGAAUUUUAUGGAAAAGCCAAUAACUUUGUUUGUUUUGAUAUGGGUGGUUCUUAGUUGUUUAGUUUCUUGCCAAAGGCCUGAGUUUGUAAAUGUUGGAGCAGUUUUUAGUUUUGAUUCUGUUAUUGGUAGAGCUGCAAAGCCAGCAAUGGAAGCUGCAGUUUCUGAUAUUAAUAAGGUAGCAAAAAUUCUUAAUGGGACUGAGCUGAGGCUGCUCAUGGAGGAUGCACAGUGUAAUGUCUUCUUGGGUUCUGUUGGAGCUUUCCAGGUACUUGGGAAAGAAGUAGUAACUGUAAUUGGCCCCCAGUCCUCCGGAAUAGCUCAUAUGAUUUCUCAAAUUGCAAAUGGUCUUCAAGUGCCUCUUGUUUCAUACGCUGCUACUGAUCCUACUCUUUCUGCUCUGCAGUUCCCGUUUUUUGUCCGAACUACACAAAGCGACUCUUACCAGAUGGCUGCGAUGGCUGAAUUGAUCGCCUUUUAUGGGUGGAAAGAGAUAAUUGCAAUUUAUGUGGAUGAUGAUCCUGGGAGGAAUGGGGUAGCUGCUUUGGAAGAUGAACUUGAAAAGAAUUUGUCAAAGAUGUAUAAAAUGAAGUUGUCUGUCAGCUUUGAUGAAGAUGAAAUUAUGAAUUUGCUCAGGAAAUCUAAACUGCUCGGUCCACGUGUUUAUGUUGUUCAUGUUAAUCCGGAUCCCCAUUUGCGAAUCUUUAAGGCUGCAAAAAAGCUUCAAAUGAUGACCUACAAUUAUGUUUGGUUUGCAACAGAUUGGCUUUCCGCUACAAUAGAUUCAUUUUCUCGGGAAAAUCGAACUUCACUUAAUAUGCUUGACGGGGUAGUUGGGCUUCGUCAACAUAUUCCAGAGUCUAGCCAGAAAAGAGCUUUCCUGUCUCGGUGGAAGGAAAUGCAACAAAAUGGUUCAGUAGGUUAUGAGCUGAAUAACUAUGGACUUCAAGCUUAUGAUACAGUUUGGGCAGUUGCAUACGCCAUUGAUAGAUUCAUUGAUGAAUUCAACAAUAUCACAUUUUCUUCCAACCAUGAAUUACUUGAGAUGAAAAAUUCUGAACUACAGCUGGGCCAGCUGAAAGUCUUUAAUGGUGGGACUGAUCUACUUAACAAAAUUCUACAGACGAACUUCACUGGUUUAAGUGGUCAUAUUCAAAUUAAUCAAGACCGGAACAUUGACAGUGGCGGUUUUGAUGUCAUUAACAUUGCUCGGACAUCUAUUCACACUGUUGGCUAUUGGUUUAAUAGUUUAGGUUUCUCACUGUUACCCCCUGAAUCUCUCCAAGGGGAACAACUUAACCACUCCUAUGUAGAUCAGAAGCUUCAGAACAUUACAUGGCCUGGUGGAAAGAUGGAAAAGCCACGUGGUUGGGUAAUUGCUGAUGACGAGAGACCAUUGAGAAUCGGAGUUCCAUAUAGAGCCAGUUUUGUUGAGUUCGUUACUAAAGUAAACGAGAGCCAUAUUGAAGGUUAUAGUAUUGAUGUGUUUCUUGAAGCAAGGAAAUUAAUCCCCUACGAAGUCCCUUACAAGUUUGAGCUUUUUGGGGAUGGUCGAUCCAAUCCCAGUUACAACGAACUCACACGAAUGGUAGCAAAAGAUGUAAGUAAAGUAAAUGUAUUUGAUGCAGCUGUUGGAGAUAUUUCAAUUGUGACCAACCGGACGAGAAUAGUUGAUUUUUCUCAGCCAUAUGCUGCUAGUGGUCUUGUCAUUGUGGCUCCAUUUAGCAAUUCGAAAUCAAGUGCUUGGGUUUUUAUUAAACCAUUUACACUGGAGAUGUGGUGUGCCACAGCCGCUUCUUUUGUGAUGAUUGCUGUGGUCAUUUGGAUUCUUGAACAUCGGGUCAAUGAUGAAUUCAGAGGUCCUCCGAGAAGGCAGAUUAUAACCAUGUUUAUGUUUAGCUUCUCAACUCUAUUUAAGACAAAUCAAGAAACUACUGUAAGUCCACUUGGGCGCAUGGUGAUGAUAGUGUGGCUUUUCCUAUUGAUGGUAAUAACUGCAAGCUAUACCGCAAGUUUGACUUCAAUCCUUACAAUUCAACAGCUUCCGUCACCCAUUACUGGAAUUGACAGCUUGAUUGCAAGCGAUUGGCCGAUAGGAUAUCAAGUAGGGUCAUUUGCUUAUGGAUACCUAUCUGAAAGUCUAUAUAUACCUCGUUCUAGGCUUGUCCCUCUUGGGUCCCCGGAGGAAUAUGAGAGAGCAUUGAGGCUAGGGCCGCAAAAAACUGGAGGCGUAGCUGCAGUAAUCGACGAGCUUCCAUAUAUAGAGCUGUUUCUUGCAAAACAAAGUGACUUUGGGAUUAUUGGGCAACCAUUCACCAGAGGUGGCUGGGGAUUUGCGUUUCAAAGAGACUCCCCCCUCGCUAUUGACAUGUCUACUGCAAUUCUACAACUUUCCGAGACAGGAAAGCUUCAGAAGAUCCACGAGAAGUGGUUCUGUAAGAAAGGCUGCCCUGAAGAGAAAAGGCAAAAAUCUGAGCCAAACCAACUUAAUCUGACAAGCUUCUGGGGUCUAUAUCUUUUAUGCGGUAUUGUAUCUCUAGCUGCCAUUCUUCUAUUUCUACUAAGAGCACUUCGACAAUUCUUGCGAUUCAAACGUAGGCAAAUUCUACAGGCCUCUCCUUCUAUAAUUUCACCAUCUACGCGCUUUUCGCAUGUCAUUUUUCACUUUCUUGAUUUUGUUGAUGAGAAAGAAGAAGCUAUCAAGAGAAUGUUCACUCAGUGGGAGAAUCCCAUUCCCCCGAUUAGCUCGGAAAGAUCAAAUCCUUAAACGAAGGAAAUUGAUCUUCCAAUAGUGCAGUGAGAAGAGUUUGGCAUUAAUCUUCAUGCCUGUUCUUCUAUAUACUUGUUUUGUGCAAUACAUAGAAUUAUGUAACAUAGGUGAUUAAUUUGUUUAUAGAUAUGUUAUUUUUGUGGUGUAUAAAUUGUAUAUUAAAAUAUUAAUAAGUUCCUCCUGUAUAGCCAAAAUAAUAUGCAUAAAUAUCAGUAAAAUUCUCUUUUUUUUUCUUA